GCCAAUAUGCGCGUCAAGAAGUUAGUCAAGCAAGUUGACAGACUUCAAAUGCAACUAUCAGAUGCCAAAUCUCAGAUAAGAGAUUUAAAUUCUCAGCUGUCCGAAGCUGCGGAUUACAAGAUCACUGCCCUUGAACGAGGUCGCAAAAUUGACGACCUACAAAAACGCUUAAUUGAAUCGGAAACUUUGCGCACAAAGUACAACCGAAAAGUGACUCUGCUCAAAGACCAAGUACGAACAACGGGCGAAACAAUCGAACAAGAGCGCAAUAUAAGUGAACAUUCUUUGCAACUUCUUCGAGACGAAUUAGCUCGUGUCAAAGACAAUUUGUCGGAAGUGCAACGGCGCGAGGCGCAGUUGCAGAGCUUCAAGGGAUCCGUGGCGAAGAUUCUCGGUGUUGCACUGCCGAUGCCGGAUUACGAAUUAAUUUCGCGGUUGCAGAAACUGGUGGAUGCACAUCAUGAUUUUACGCUGGUUUCGAGGAGAUACGAUGAUCCGGUGCUGAGAUUAGCGACUCGGAGUCCUACGGCGGGAAGUAGAUGCACGAGAACACCAGAUCGGUCGAGAUAUGACGAUUCCGGGUACACGGAUGCGGCGGAUAUUGACGACAUCGACGAUGAUCUAUUUAAAAGACAAACUAGGCCUUUAUGACAAACACAUUUUGAUGUGUAAAGUAUGAGGUCAAGUCGCGUACGUGCUUUCAUUUUUACGCAAUGUGUUCAAAAGGUCUUCACGUUUUAUAAAGAUAUAUCG